AUCGAUCUGGCAGCUACCGACAUGCAGGCGCUAAAGUGCGAAAUUAGGUAGCGUCAAUGAGACUAAAAUACAAGACGCACUAUGCGUUCUCCGAUCAAUCCGUCUCGAGCUCAGAUUCUACCAGGCCCGUGCGGUUCGGGUUCUUACAAGCGAGAUUCGGUGCCUCAUGCACGGCACGGGUGGUGCGGUUGCGCUAGUCCCAAAGAGGAGAUCACGUAUCUCUGAAGUCAUAAAGGUCCAGUCUGCACCACACGGAUGUUCUGGAGUCUCGAUCCCAAUCAACACAGCCACAGAACAUGGCACCAUCAGUCAUAAACGAAGAGGCUGAAGACAGCGCACUCGAGGACUACGAUCAAUUCGAGGAAGUCCGCAAACCUUCACCACAGUCCGCAAGGCAACCCAACGAAGACAAUUUAGAUGAAGCAGAAUCCGAGUUGCUCAACGAAAACGUCGAUGAAGGUGUAGAUGGACUUGAUGAGCUUGCUGUACCCGCUCCAGAUGAGAACCCCGACGAGGAGCGGACCGAGUACCACCGAAGCCUUGAAGAAGAACGAGAGAUUGGCAGUAGACGAAGUGCGAUCCAUGAACAUACACGCCAGGCGACCGAACGACCUUCCUUACAGCAAAGGCUUCUGAUACAGCUCUACACACACUCCUGGCUUGUGCUCUUCUCGAUUCUUGGCACGCUGGCAAGACUAGGAGUCGAAUGGAUGACAUACUAUCGCAAUGCCCCGGUGACUACGAACGUAUUGUGGGCAAAUUUUGGAGGAUCCCUAGUUCUUGGGUUCUUGCAAGAAGAUCGCGCCUUGUUCGCCGAGAAAAGAGGUCGCCACUUACUCUCGACCACGCACUCCAGCUCCAAUGGUGACGACACCGACGAAAAGGGGCAGCGGGACUCUCAAGCCGACCAGACUGCCAGGAAAAAGUCCAUACCACUAUACAUCGGGCUGGCAGUUGGCUUCUGCGGAUCAUUCACAUCCUACUCAUCCUUCAUGCGUGAUCUUUUCCUCGGGCUGUCCGAUGAGCUGAUUGGCAAAGACCAGGUUAAGAACGCCAGGAGCGCUGGUUGGAGUGCCGCAUCAGUCUUGGGUAUGGUCAUCACCGAGGUCACAGUCUCGCUUUCCGCCCUCUCAUUUGGCGCUCACCUAGCGAUUGCUCUCUUACCUCUACUUUCGAGCAUUCCCCGAAUGAACCUGGGCAAGAUCACAAAUCCCUUGGGCGUCUUCCUAGGAUUGGGUUGUUGGUUUGGUGCAGUAUGCCUUGCCAUCUGGCCUCCGCACAAUGCGUGGCGUGGACAAGUUGUCUUCGCCAUCGUCUUCGCACCUAUGGGCACUAUAGUGCGCUAUUGGCUCUCUGUGCAACUCAAUCGAUGCAUUAAGUCAUUUCCCAUCGGUACAUUCUCUGCGAAUAUGCUGGGUACCGCACUUCUUGCUAUGGCUUACGAUCUGCAACAUACAAACCUUCAGGGAAACAUUGUGGGCGGAAGUGUAAUCGGUUGUCAGGUACUGGCGGGUAUCACAGAAGGUUUCUGUGGAUGUUUGACGACAGUAAGUACAUGGGUGGCUGAGCUCAAAAGUCUGCGAAAGAGGCAUGCUUAUCUGUAUGGUGUCACAAGCAUCGCAAUUGGCUUUUCUUUGAUGAUCGUCAUUGUGGGAGCUCUUCAAUGGACGUCAGGACUGAGGGCACCGGUGUGUAAGGUUUGAUUGCCUUGUAGAGAUAGAACGGUGUAGCAAAACCUAUUAAUAAUGUUAAGCAAUG